UCAUAUACUAUAUAUAUUUUAAAUAAAUUAAACCAAAGACUUUACAGUGUUACACCAUGUGAGGCUAUGGUCCCAUGUGAGGCUAUGGUCCCAUGUGUGGCUGUAGUCCCAUGUGAGGCUAUGGUCCCAUGUGAGGCUAUGGUCCCAUGUGAGGCUAUGGUCCCAUGUGAGGCUAUGGUCUCCUUUGGGUCAGGGGAACUCAAGUUCGUAUGUCGGGCAGGGACCCCCAUGAGGUAAGCUCUCUUAUGAGGCAGGGGCCUCUGUGACCUGCGGGUCCUAUGUGAGGCACGGGUGUCCCUAUGAGGUGAGGGAUCCCUGUGAGAUGAGUACUUCUGCAAUUCUAAUUUUAUUAAUAUUUGAAAUGUGUUUGGGAAUGUCCAUAAUAAUUAGCACAUCCUGUAUGAUAGUAAUAUCUGGUUAUCUGCAUUGGUUUGGCUCUUUAUUUUCAGUCCAGCUGAACUGUGGUAACAAAAUGAUUGUGAUAAGCAAAUAUUUGUAAUAUUAGGUACCCAAAGCGAAGCAUUAUUGGUUAGUUAAAAGUGAGAAGAGUCGAGAAGUGCAUGCCUGCUGGAGCACUCCACCAUCACUACCUGCUGGAACACGUCUGCAAUACUACCUGCUUGUAACACACCUGCACCAUCCCCCUGUUGAAGGCCGGUACAGUAUCCUACAAGUGACAGGAGACAUAUGAGGCGAGGGUCGGGGAACCAAGUCAGCAUCAUGAAAGGUUGGCUGACUGUAGUGACUGUGAUGGUGGGGAUGUCCACGAUGGCCGACGGUCGCCACACGCAGAACACAGACUACGGCAUUAAAAAGGUAGUUGCUGCAGCUCAAGGCUACAGGAAUGAAGUGUCAACUGCUGUAAAAGACUACAAGGAAAUAGCUGCUGCUGUAGAAGCAUAUGACAACAGGAAGGUAGUCCCAGCACUACAAGUCUAUGACAACAGGAAGGUAGUCCCAGCACUACAAGUCUAUGACAACAGGAAGGUAGUCCCAGCAGCACAAGUCUAUGACUACAGGAAGGUAGUCCCUGCAGCACAAGCCUACAGUCACGGCGUUCAUCAUUUCCUCGCACGGGCUCUCGGCCAUCCAAUGCAGUGUAAAGGAAAAUGUUAUAAAGUAGUGGGUGAUGAGUGCCUGUGGCGUCACUCCUGUGGCAUCCCGCCCCUCCUCCCUCCAGCCUAACACCAGCCACACCACGCCUACACCAGCCACACCACGUGUACACCAGCCACACCACGUGUACACCAGCCACACCACGCCUACACCAGCCACACCACGACUA